AAAAAAAAAAAAAGCUGACGCCACUUGGAAGCUCAAAAUGAUACAAAUUUGCGAGCGGAGCCGUUCUGAUGGCAUUCUUUGCGUAUCUUUUGCUCCGUGAGUAUUUUCUUCAAUUACCAGGAUGUCAAUGGCUCGUUUUGCUCGUCGCUCCGCCCCCCCGUGUUUGUCGUAAACCCGCAGUCUGACGGGAAUAAGGCAGAAAUAAGAGCGUCUAGGACUCGCCUCUUUCACCAGGACGCGCACUCGGACCACGGAGAACGCGGUUACGCACGGCGGACACUUGGCGUCUGGCGGCAGCGCGCGCAUCCACGGGCUUGUGGCGGCUUCGGCAAACUCGCUCGCGGGCUGAACCAUGUCCUUGAGCCCCAAACACUCAACGCCUUUCUCAGUGAGCGACAUUUUGAGCCCGAUCGAGGAGACCUUCAAGAAGUUUGCGGCCAUGGAGAGCAGCGCGAGCCUGGCGUCUCCUCUGUACAGACAGACGCAGGUGUCUCAGGCGAACCUGCAGCAGCACAGCAUGAGCCACAACACCUACCACAUGCCGCACUCGCAGUUCUCUCACGGCGCCAUGGGAGGAUACUGCAACGGGACUAUCGGCGCCAUGGGAGACCUGCCGUCCUAUCAGGAGAGCAUGAGGAACGGCGCCACGGCCACGGCUUGGUACGGCUCGAACCCCGAGCCCAGAUACCCCACAAUCUCCAGGUUUAUGGGUCCCUCUGCGGGCAUGAACAUGGGAACGUUACCGGGCAUGGAUGCAAGUAAAUCUAUGGUGACUUUACACGCGGCGCCGCGGAGGAAACGGCGCGUGCUCUUCUCCCAGGCGCAGGUGUACGAGCUGGAGCGCCGCUUCAAGCAGCAGAAGUACCUGUCUGCGCCGGAGAGGGAACAUUUGGCCAGCAUGAUUCACCUGACCCCGACCCAGGUCAAGAUCUGGUUCCAGAAUCACCGGUAUAAAAUGAAACGCCAAGCGAAGGAUAAAGCGUCGCAGCACCAGCAGCAGGACAGCGGGAACCUGUGCGCUCAGCAGUCGCCUCGGCGCGUCGCGGUGCCCGUGCUGGUUAAAGACGGUAAACCGUGUCAGAACGGCUCGAGCACGCCGACGUCGAUCCACCAGCAGGUGCAGAGCGUGCUGGGAAGCGAGACUUUAGCUUCGGCCGAGGAUCUGGAGGAAAUGUCGCCCAGUCCUCCCCUGAUGAACAGCCUCUCUCAGACUGACGCCGCGCUCAUCGAGUACACCAGCGGCAUGGUGAGCUCCAACCUGCUGUACGGCAGAACUUGGUGAUAUUUCCGCGAGCAUUUUCACCAACACAGACGAUGACAACCGCAAUUGAAUUUCCUCAAAGACCUUUUUUUUUAAAACUUUUUUUUUUUUAAAACGAAAAAACGAAACGGCGUUCGUCCGAUGCAGCGGUCCGCGGACCCUCGAGUGAAUUGUAUGGAUUGUAACUUUAAAUCGUUACCGAAUGAAAACCUUUGGUGCAGAUGAUGAGGAGUGUGUGCGCGUGCGCGUGCGUGUGCGUGUUUGAUGAAGACUAGUCUAGCGUGAUGCCAUUAAUCAGUUUUGUUGCUUUGUAAAAUACGAGCUGUAGAUGAAGAAAUGUUUUGUGUACAUAUCUAACACUGGGCAAAGAAUGCUUUCUUGAAGUCUUUUGUAAGUUUAAAAGGAAACAAUAAAUAUGAGCGCUGCGAAUAUAUAAAAAAACAAAACAAAAAAAAAACACGUGAAUGCGGUGUUAAAUAUUUUUUUGUUACUCAAAGUUUGAUACAGCAAACUUGGCAGCCAUUAUGCAUUAUAGGCCUAAUAGAAAUAGGUUAAUAGCCAAUAACAAAAUAACUAGCAAUUAUAAUUCAGACAAAAAAAAUUAAAUGGUCAGACUGCUAAAAUUUUGUUUUUUUCUCCAAAGAUAAAAAUCAAUCUAUUUUAAAAUGUAAUGUUUUACUUGUUUGUUUUUUUUUUGCAAUUCAUUGUGAAAUUUCUAUCAUUUGAGUGAAAUUUCACUACAUUUAACCUCGCAAAAACGCCAAUAUCUAUAUUUGCUAUACAUU